AUGCUUCCGUUCAGAACAAGAGGUUACAACGGCUAUGGAGUACAAUAUUCGCCAUACUUCGAUAACAAGCUUGCUGUGGCUACAGCUGCUAAUUAUGGAUUGGUCGGUAAUGGACGGCUCUUUAUAUUGAAUAUAGAGCCCAACGGCACCAUUGUAGAACAGACAUCGUGGGAAACCCAGGACGGACUCUUCGAUCUUGCGUGGAGUGAGGUUCACGAAAAUCAGGUAACAGCAGCCAGCGGCGAUGGGUCCAUAAAAUUGUUUGACUUGACGGUGGGACAAUUCCCUGUCAUGAACUGGAAGGAGCAUACGAGAGAAGUUUUCUCUGUCAACUGGAACUUGGUGGAUAAAACUAACUUCAUCUCUGCAAGCUGGGACGGAUCUAUGAAAGUGUGGUCACCACAGCGUCCAGAUUCGCUUUUGACCUUGAGCCAUGCACAGGACUUCACCACCAAAUCUCUGCCUGUAGAGCUGACUGCCAGACCACCUUUAUCGCAUCAACAACAACAUCAACAGCUGCAACAUGUGAACACAGCUAAUUGCAUCUAUAACGCUACCUUUUCUCCGCAUUCACCAUCAACUGUAGUUAGUGUAAAUGGAUCUUCCCACGUUCAGAUAUGGGAUAUAAGAGCACCCAGACCCUUACAAAUAGAUUACGUUGCCCACGGGGGUCUUGAAGCCCUUUCGUGUGAUUGGAACAAGUACAAGCCCACGAUUAUAGCAUCAGCUGGUACUGAUAAAUCAGUGAGAAUAUGGGACUUAAGGAUGAUCACCAAAAUCGACCAACCACACGCCCAUGCUCCUAUGCCUGCGUACCACAUCAGAGGUCCUACUCCCUUGAACGAACUUCUUGGUCAUCAGUUUGCUGUUAGAAAAGUACAAUGGUCUCCUCACGAUGGCCAGGAAUUGAUCAGUACUUCCUACGAUAUGUCCGUGCGAGUUUGGAGAGAUGAGUCUAACGAGAGAGCCAGAUUCUUGAACAUGAAAAAUGGAGGCUGCAAGGGUGUUAUGGGGCAGCACAAAGAGUUUGUCAUUGGUUGUGACUACAGUUUGUGGGGAGAACCAGGUUGGGUGGCGUCCACAGGCUGGGACGAAAUGGUGUAUGUUUGGGACAGCAAGAGGUUACAGUAG